CCCUUCACAUACGCUAGCCAGCGCACACACCUGGCUGAGCUAGGCCUGCUGACUUCGAUUCUGUUGGACGUCCCCGUUUGCAUGGCUUCGGGGCCAUCAAGAUAGCUUUUGUUCAUGGCCAUGGAGCCCCCGACAUCCGCAGCAAAGCUGCUCCUAGAUACGCAAUUGGACCGAGCUGUGGACUUCACCGCCCUCUCCAUGCUGCCCAAUGUUGCUGACGGGGGCAGCACGGCGGACGUUUCCAGUAGACGCUUGCCUCGGGUACCAGUCGCUGGAUCUAAGGACUGGCUGCCGAGCAUGGUUGAAGUCGGCCGGCAAGAAGCACAUCUUCGAGAUACAGCGGACGAGAGUACGGGCGAUGACUUGGACGGUGGUAGUGCUUCCUCCGACGUCUUUUUCGCCGUAGACGUCGAGUGCGUGCUGCACAAGUACCGGAGAUGGCACGACUGCUUUCCUCGUGUCAAACCUUUCUACGCGGUGAAGUGCAACCCUAACUCCGAGGUGGUGCGCGUGCUUGCGGCCACCCCCGGGUGCGGGUUUGACUGCGCUAGUCCCGCCGAGAUGGACCAGGUGCUCGAGUGCGGUGUGGACCCCUCUCGCAUCAUCUACGCUAAUCCCUGUAAGGACUUGGCCGCGCUGGAGCACGCGUUAUCAGCUGGUGUCGCGACGAUGACGUUCGAUAGCAAGGACGAGCUGUACAAGAUUAGACGGCUACUUGACUCUCGGGCAAAGGCGCUCGGGGCGAAAGCGCUCGGAGAAAGAGCGGUUUAG